AUGUUUAUGUGUCGAUUAAAACGCUUUUCCUAUUCAAAAAUAUCGUCUUUUUUAUUCAUAUUAAUAUCUAUUUAUCUAUUAUUAUAUUUACAACCAUUCGUUUUACCCCAUGAUAAAAAUUUAAAUAGAACAUAUCAACAUUUCUCAGACGAUAAUUUUACACGUUGUUUAAUUCAUGCAGAAAACGCUUUUAAGAACUUAUCCUUACCAUGGUUUCUUGCAUUUGGUAGUGCAUUAAUGUAUCAUCGUUCAAAUAAUUUCAUUUCCGAUGAUAUUGAUAUUGGUAUUUUUUAUGAUGAUUUAAUUAGAAAUAAUAUUACAGAAAGGAAAUUAAUUUUAACUUUAAGGAAAUUUGAUUUUAAAUAUCUUAGAAGAUAUGGUCAAAUGAAUAAUGGAAAAGGAUGGACAUUAUCAUGUCCAAAAUCAAAACUUCAUUUUGGUAUAUUUAUUUUUUAUCGAAUUAAUUUUCAAAUAGAAACAGAUAAACCCUAUGUUUGGUGGACAGCAUCAUAUAAUGGACCUUGUGCAAAAAUGCCUUUUAAGAAAUGUCGACGAGGAUUUUUAGAGAUUAAUUUAGAAAAAUUUCAAAUGUUUGGAAAAUUAUUUUAUGUUGUUUCAAAACAAUUUUUAAUUGAUCAAUACGGAGAACAAUGGAUGAUUCCACACAAAUAUAAUUAUGCUCAAUCAAUCAAAAUUAUGCCUAAUUUAAUCGAUAAACAGUAUAAUAGCGAAUAUUUUAAUAAAGAAGAUUACUAA